AUGGGUGGUGGCAGCAAAUGGAGUAAAGUGAAGAUGGCCCUUGGGUUGAAGCUGAAUACGUGUCUUUAUGAGCCAAGAAUCACAGAGGAUGCGCCAGUGGUGGCGCCACCGCCACCGCCACCUCCGCUGCCGCAGCCUUCAGCUAGGAGGUUCUCCGAUGCGGUAUCUUUGUCUCCAACGCCGCCGCGGAAUUCUGAUUACGGCCGGGUUCAAAUGCCGACCACCCCCACUCCGUCUUCCUCCGGCCUCCUCUUGCCUAAACACUCCUCCAAAUCUUCCAAGCAAACAUGUGCAAUAUGCUUGGCAUCCAUGAAACCUGGCCAUGGACAUGCCAUUUUCACCGCAGAAUGCUCUCACACAUUCCAUUUCCAUUGUAUUACUUCUAAUGUAAAGCACGGAAAGCAAAGUUGUCCUGUUUGCCGAGUGAACUGGAAAGAAAUCCCUUUUCAGAGUCCUGCCACCAAUAAAUCUCAGGGACAAGUGAGGAUUGAUAAUGUUUCUUGGCCUCAGAAUGAUGCUUGGACGACCGUUACUGGACAACUGCCCCCUCCACGGGUGGAUAUCAAUCGUCACAUUUCUUCACUUCUUCACACUACGGAACCUGAUAUCUUCGACGACGACGAGCUUCUCAGUGACCAGCCUACUGUCACUGGCAAAACCUCAACCAGUAAUGACUUGGCUGUUGGCCAUUCUACUGGAUCGUUAGAGGUUAAAACGUAUGCAGAAGUUUCAGCUGUUCCAAAAUCAGCAUCACAUAGUAAUUUCACUGUUUUAAUUCAUCUCAAAGCUCCAGUUACUUUUGGAUUACAACAUUCUGGAAUAUGUGAGGGUGGCUUGCCAUUAACAUCUCAAACUCGCCGUGCACCAGUUGAUCUUGUGACGUUGCUUGAUGUUAGUGGCAGCAUGUCAGGUACGAAGCUUGCUCUGCUUAAACGAGCAAUGGGUUUCGUGAUUCAAAAUCUAGGGCCUUCUGACAGGCUUUCAGUGAUUGCCUUCUCCUCCACUGCUCGUCGUCUCUUUCCUCUUUGUAGAAUGAUCGACAAUGGAAGGCUUGAAGCAUUACAAGCUGUUAAUUCUCUGAGUGCAAGUGGCGGGACAAACAUUGCGGAGGGCCUUAGAAAGGUUGCCAAGGUGAUGACUGAACGCAAGUGGAAAAAUCCAGUUAGCAGUAUAAUACUGUUCUCUGAUGGACGAGACACGUAUACUGUUAGCAGUCCUGUAAGUGGCAAUACGUGUACGGCUAAUCCAUCACUACUCCCAGUUUCCAUGCAUUUCAAUGAUGCUUCAAGUCUCCACAUUCCUGUACAUGCAUUUGGAUUUGGUGCAGAUCAUGAUGCAGUCUCAAUGCAUUCUAUCUCAGAAACUUCAGGGGGAACAUUUUCUUUUAUAGAGGCAGAGAAUGUAAUUCAAGAUGCCUUUGCACAGUGCAUUGGGGGGCUUUUGAGUGUUGUCAUACAGGAAUUGCAUGUGGAUGUUGAAUGCAUUAACCCGGUGUUGCAUCUCAGUUCAAUAAAAUCGGGAAGUUACAAGAACAGUUUAGCAUCGGAUAAAAGAAAGGGCAUUAUUGAAGUUGGAGAUCUAUAUGCUGAAGAAGAAAGAGAUUUUCUUGUAACAACUGAUAUUCCAAUUGAUGAAUCAAGUGAUGAGAUGUCACUGCUAAAUAUUAGAUGUAUAUACAAGGACCCUGUUUCCAAAGUUCUGGUAACUCUAAAUGCUGCAAAUGACGUCAAAAUUCAAAGGCCAGUUGUAACUGAACGAGUAGUGAUUUCAAUGGAAGUGGACAAGCAGCGGAACAGGCUCCAUUCUGCAGAAGCCAUGGCAGAAGCUAGGGUUGCUGCUGAACAUGGUGAUUUAGCUUCUGCUGUGUCUGUCCUAGAGAGUUGUCGUAGGAAGUUAUUGGAAACUGUAUCUGCACAAGCCGGUGACAGAUUGUGUGUCUUGUUGGAUGCUGAAUUACAGGAAAUGCAAGAGAGAAUGGCCAACCUCCGUGUUUAUGAAACAUCCGGAAGGGCUUAUGUUUUGUCAGGAUUGAGCUCACAUUCUUGGCAGAGGGCAACUGCACGAGGUGAUUCGACACAUAGUAUGAGCCAGGCUUAUCUGACCCCUUCCAUGGUCGACAUGGUAAACCAAUCACAGACUAUGUUGUUCAGGAAUCCAUCUCCUCGAUCUUCAAUGAGGCCAACUUGCUCUUUCCCUGCACAACCACAGCCGAGGUGA